AUGAUCUAUCUAUCUAUCUAUCUAUCUUAUUACCAAAUAACAAUAUCUAUCUAUCUAUCUAUCUAUCGAAGUCUGUUCAUCACAAUAUGUUCUUCAAUAGAGCCAUAUAUCGAAUGUCUCUCUCUCUCUCUAACUAUCAAUCUAAUGCUGGUCAUACCUAUCUAUCUAUGUCUGUUUAUAUCUAUCUAUCUAUCUAUCUAUCUAUCUAUCUAUCUAUCUAUCUAUCUAUCUAUCUAUUUCUCUUCAUAUCUAUCUCUAUAUCUAUCUAUCUACUUAAUAUCUAUCUGUCUCAGUCUGUUCAUAUAUCUAUCUAUCUAUCUAGCUAUCUAUCUAUCUAUGUCAGUUAAUUAUCUAUCUAUCUAUCUAUCUAUGUCUCUUCGUAUCUAUCUUUAUAUCUAUCUAUGUCUUCAUAUCUAUCUAUCUAUCUAUCUAUCUAUCUAUCUAUCUAUCUAUCUAUCUAUGUCUCUUCAUAUCUAUCUGUCUAUCUAUCUAUGUCAGUUAAUAUCUAUCUGUCUAUCUCAGUCUGUUCAUAUCUAUCUAUCUAUCUAUCUAUCUAUCUAUCUAUCUAUCUAUCUAUCUAUCUAUCUAUCUGUUGUGUUAAUAUCUAUCUAUCUAUCUAUCUAUCUAUCUAUCUAUCUAUCUAUCUAUCUAUCUAUGUCUCUAAAAGAUUUAUCAAAUAAUCGAUUUUCAAUCACCUUUUGCCAUCUUUUCCUACUUUUCUUACAUUUUUUUCUCUUCUAUACGUUUCCUUCAUUCUUUUUCUCUCACUUUUCUUUCUUUCAUAUUUUUUCUUUCACAUCUGAUCUUCUUUCUUCUUCUUCCCACUUUCUUCAGUUUAUUAGUCCAGUUCUCUUUGUAAAUGCAACAAUCUAUCUAUCUAUCUAUCUAUCUAUCUAUCUAUCUAUGUAUUCUCAUUUCUAUCUCUCUAUCUAUCUAUCCUAA